GCGAUAGCAGCAAACCUUAAUUUUCUACCUUAUUGUAGUUCCAAUUGGAUGCCAUAAUUUAUAAUAGUAUUUUGUGCUUUCAAGUUUCAACUACGUUUGAACAUUUUUUUUCCCAUUUAUGAUCACUGCCAAACCUCCCUUCAAAAUCCAUUUAACCCUCUCACCCCCAUUUUCCACCAUUUCAAUCUCUCUUCUCUGACAACAAUUCCUCUCUGAUUUCUUACCCUUCCCAGGAAAAAAAAAAGAUUCCAUUUUUAUUCUCCCCCCUUUUCACUCUGUUUCUUGAAAUAGUGACAGUCAAAAAACGCUUAACAGCUUAACUCAAUUCCUAAAUUAGAUUGCGAUCAUGGAGGGUAGAAGGAGGGACAGUCAGAGAAGAUCACAAAACAGGAAGCCGCCGCGUGGUAUAUCUGAAUUUCUUUAUUACAUUAUUAAAUAUUACUGAAUUAAUAUAUAUUUUCACUGUUUGUCUUUGCAUGGUCUGAGUUUUUUAACUGGAGUUUUCUUUACUUGAUCCUUUUUUCAUUCAGCUAAGAAUGUUUCUAUAAGGAGGUGCAGGGUCCACAAAUGUUGAAAAGAGAUCAGUUUUUUUUUGUCAAUUAAGGGUAUUGGCAGCCUACUGUGCCUGUGUGGGAGAAAGAAUUCUGCAAAGUGGUUGGAUCAAUGAACUGGGAGACGUUGCUGGAAAUGAAGAGAUUUAUUCACUUAUACGAUAAUGUGUUGGAUUGGAACGACUCUGCAGGCGAGGAAGCAUUCAGCAACGCCAAAAAACGAUACUGGGCUAAGAGAAAGGGCUUAUCCUGUGACAUAACACUGCCUGAUCCUGAUCUUUACAUUGACAAGAUCGAUUGGGAUUCAGACAAUGAUCCCGAGAUGCUGUUGUCAGAUGUCGAGAACCCGUCUAUGAGUCCCCAGACAGAGGAAGAUUUCGAUCCUGCAGUAAUCUUUGGUGAUUAUGCCGCUCCGAACCAUGCUUUGGCUACCGUUGGCUGGGGUGAGGUGGAAGAGAACUUAGUGGGCCCGGCCGCUUGUUCCUCGGCCAAUUAUGCUGAUCCGUGGAACGAGUGGUCAGGGUAUCAUAAUGAAGAUGCGUGGCAAUACAACAACACCAGGAGCGGGCAUAGGUACAUGCCACGGGCAGGUGGCGGGAACAACUGGAGUCGCAACUAUGCUAAUAAUUGUUAUAACUAUGUAGGAGCCAACACUAGAGACGCGAUGGGCGCUGGAACGAGAACCCAAUGACGACCGGAAUUGUGUCGACUUGGGGGGUUGAAGCGAACGAGAGGAAGGAAUAGUGAGGAUCAUGAUAAGGGCACAAAAGAGUGGAAUUCGAAGUCGAGAACUGUUGGACAAGCACGGUAAAUCGAGAGUGACCCGUCCUGGAGAAGGAACGGACCUGUAGCUGCAACAUAUUGAAUUCAUCCCGGUCUGGUCUGGUCUGGUUGGUCCCUGAACACCGCUAGCAAUGGUUGUGAUGAAUUGUAAAUGUGAAUUUUGUGCAGCAUCUUGAGAUUUUUGUUUAGGCCGAGAUGUUAUGUUGUUGGAGAAGAAAUUUUCGUAAUUUGAAUAAUAUAUCAAUUGAAAUUCGAAACCAAAA